AUGGGUGAAACAACUGUCACAUCAUCUGUCAUCAGUCUGGACGCUGGCGUCGACGCUGCCAAACUCGAAGCAGCCAACAGAUACUUCCGCUGGAACUUACUGUUUCUUCUAAUAAUCUUUAUCUUUCUUCACUUCCCGAUAUGGAUGCCUUUCGUCCCCUACAUGAACCAAGCAACAAACAUCGUCAUCAUAAUAUUAAUCGGCCUUUUCCAACUUAUCUGGCUAAUAGCUACGAUAUGCGCCAUCCGUCGAACGAUCGCUAUCAACGGACGAAACAAGCUCAAGAACUCAAAGACACAAGAUGUUGAGGCAUCUGAUUCGACGUCUGACGACUACUCGACUGUUCGUCAUAUAGUUGCUAUGACGUUGUACAAGGAACCGAUGAGCGUACUGGAAACUACCUUGGACUCUCUCGUCCGCCAAAAAGAUGCCAAGUCACGCAUCUCUGUUAUCAUCGGCAUGGAAUCUCGUACACCUGAUAAGGAAGCCAAGCAGGAUGAGGUCUUGACAAAGUAUAAGAACAAGUUCCUUCGUCUCAUCGUCACCUUCCACCCAUCAGACGUCCCUGGUGAGAUCAGCGGCAAAUGUUCAAACAUGAACUAUGCCUGUCGUCGAGGUCUUCAGAUCCUCCGUGACGAUGUCGACUAUAACUACGAGAAAUACGAACACAUCUUUACCAACUGCGACUGCGACGCUGUCUUCGACGCCGAAUACAUGAUGGAGCUGGAGGCUGAGUACUGCAAGUUGGAUACUGCCGAUCGUCACUCGUCUAUCUGGCAGUCCAUCAUUGUCUACAAGCGAAAUUCCAUGCCCUUCUUCGUCGACAUCACUGGAGUCUUACGUACCUUUUUCUUUAUGGGAGUUUUAAUCCCUUGGAACAUCAACCCCAUGUCGCACUACUCUCUUAGCGUCAAGCUAUUGGAGGAGGGAGCAUUUACCCAUCCAGCCUAUCAGAUGGAGGAUAUCAUUGCCUUGAUUCGAUACACUAUCAUGACGAAACGUGAGAUCCGCAUCAGACCCCUCAACCUCAUCUCCAUCAACGGUCCGACUUCUGGUAGCAACUACAUCGACGAAAUCCGCGAGUGGGCUCUUCAGAUUCGACGAUGGACUAUUGGCGCCGGCGAAGUCUUCCACUACUUCAUUGUCAAGACCUACCGUAUGCCAAGUCUCCUUCUGUCUGUCAGCUGGGCCAGCCGAUUCUUCAUAUACUACGGACUCGUCCUCUGCGCCAGCGCCAUCUUCUCUGUGUUCUCCCCUAUCGUUGUUCAGCUGAUCAACAUGGCUGCCCCCGAGCACAAGCGACUCUUCAUUAGCGAUAGCCUCUUUCAAACCGUGUGUUUCAUCUUUCUUGGAUCACAAUAUGUAUUCUUGUUGAUAGCCACUGUCCUCGUCCGGUGGAACUUGCCUGUUCCUGGCGAUAGCGACAGCAAUUACAACAAGGGUCUUCAGGGUGUCACAAGAGGCCUACUGCAUUGGAUUCUGAUGCUGCCGACUAUCAUUGCCUAUAGCUUUGUGGAGCUGUACUCGUUCUUUGAGUUGGCAUUUAGAGGAAAGGAUGUCUUUCUUGUGACGGAUACUGGGGCUUCAUGA